AUGACUUCUAUGGAUGAUUCAAAGCGUUCUUUAGUGGUUAUGGCUGAUUCAAGAGUUCGCAAGAAUGCAACAGAACUAAUCAAUACAUACUCAUUCAUUCGUGGAAGUUAUGAUUCAACAUUAACCAGAACAGUGAAUGAUAUAUUAAAUGAUUUGAAUAUUAAGGUAAGAGUUGAACAAAAGAACGAAGAAAUAAAGACUAUCAUGAAUGAAGACAAAGAUGUAAACAUUGACGAUAAACUUGCCCAGAGCAUAGUUGAUGGCAUCUGUGAUUUUGAAGUACAUAAUGACGGCGGAAACAUGAAUUUAGAAAAAGAAGUUACAUUAUUCACACUGUUUCAAGCUAUUAAUUCGUUACCUAAUCAUUUAAUUAAUGAAGCAUACGACAACGUUUAUAACUUCUGCAGUUUAACAGAAAAUGCAAAAAGUAAUUUUGAAAAAGCACGUGAUAGAUAUGCACAUUUAAUGACUUCUCCAUUUGUUUUGGUAAAGAUUCUAAAACUAUAUCAAAAGGAAUAUUAUGAUGAAUACGUUUUGCCUUUAUUACGUAAGCCAAAAAUAACAUUUGAUAUCAAACUUGAUGACUCGUUUUUGAUAACAGAUAUUAGACGCAAGGCUGAAAAUCAUCA